AUGUUAACAAUAGACUGGAACUUUACAAUAAAGAGAAAUAUUUUUAUACUACAAUUACUAGGGCUCUGGCCUCAAGAAGACGAAGUGUACAAAUUAAAUUUAUAUUCCAUUUAUGCAUUCGUGUCGAUAGUCGUCAUUAUGGGUGGUCACAAUUUCUUCCAAACUGUGAACAUUUGUUUCGUUUACACAGACUUAGAAGCUUUAGCAACCACCAUUUUUAUUACAAGCACUGAAGUUUUAGUGUUAGUAAAAGUAUACUUCUUUACGCAAAAUAUAGGAAGACUGAAAAAAUUACUGAGUUUAUUAAAGAAAGACGUAUUUCAACCUAGAAACGAAAGGCAGGUAGAGAUGAUUAAACCGAUUUUAAAUUUUUGGAAAAACGUACAUGGAAGCUUUAUGUUUAUCGUUGUUUCAACUAUAAUCGUCCAAUCCAUUAAUAAAAACCAGCUGCCUUUCUCUGCAUGGUAUCCCUACGAUUACACGAUUUCUCCGCUGUAUGAAUUGACAUAUUUAUAUCAAGUGGUUGGAAUGUGGUACAUAGCUCUGUCGAAUGUAAAUAUCGGCACAUUGUUUUAUGCUUUAUUGACGUACGUCGUCGUGCAAUGCGAUAUUUUAUGCGACGAUUGUAAGAAUCUGACUGGACCUUUAAUUUCUAAUCAGAGAAUAAUUUCAUGUAUAAAACACCACAAGGAAAUUUUAAGUUUUUCUGAAAGCGUUAAUGAUCUUUUCGAAAUGGUUAUUUUGGGUCAGUUCGUUACUAGCACGAUCGUUAUUGCAACUACUUUGUUUAUGCUAACUUUGGUGGAUCCUUUAAGCAAAGAAGGAUUAAUUACCGUACUAUACGCAAUGGCAGUUAUCACAGAAAUAUUUAUUUACUGCUGGUUUGGAAACCAAGUUGAUCUCAAGACUUUACUAUAA